GAGGUGGAAGGUCCAGGUUCAGAAAGUAAAAGUCCUCUCCACCAUUUUGUUUAUAUUCGCUAAUUGGCACCGUUCUUCGGCCAGGAGGUACAACUAAUUCGUGAAAUCACCUGGCGGUGGAGUCCUUGGGUGUAAGAAACACACGGCAUGACUUUUACUUUCUGAUCCCUGCCGUAGGGCCUAUUAAAAUGACCUGAGCAAAGUCAACAUUAGUUGAGUUCAGCGUCAGUUGGAAAACGCAGCACGCGUAGGCUACAGGUCUUCUCCCGUUUACCCGCUGGUGCCGUCUGGCCGAGUGUGGGCAGUAACGGCGGUAAUCGGCGGUUUAAUAGCGCGGUCUGAGCAAACACAGGGCAGGCACCAUGGAAACGCUGAGGAGGAGGAGGAGGAGCUCGGAACCGAGCGGGGGAACUACAGCCUCUUCAAACGCCGCCCGACAUCGUAUGUGGAUCGACUGCGGAACGACGGCGCACUCCCGCAUCGAGGAACAGCUCGGGAAGAGGACGUUUUAUUCCCUGCCCGAUACCAUGGAGCAGUGGCACCGCAACGACUCGCUGCUCAGAGCGAUCGGCGAGGUGCAGGUACUGCAGGACAUGACGAACCGCUCCUCCCAGUUCUGCAGCCAGUACCGCGACGCGGCGUGGUACUGCUACCUCCUGCUGGCGCUGUAUGCGCUGGCGCUGCCGGUGGGCGUCGUGGGCAACGUGGCGGCGCUGCUGCACUACGGCCUGGCCCGGCGCUGCUGGACGUCCAGCCGCGUGCUCCUCCUCAACCUGGCGCUCUGCGACUCGGCCUGGCUGCUCACGCUCCCCUUCGCCCUCUACUUCAGCCUGCGCCGGGCGCGCGCCGCCGACUACCGCGCCUUCUGCCAGUUCAAGAGGGUGUCCUUCAACGUCAACGUGUACGGCAGCAUCCUCUUCCUCACGCUGGUCAGCUUCGACCGCUACGCCGGGGCGGCCCACCCCCUGGGCUCGCUGCGCUGGUGGGGGGCCGAACGCGCCCGGCUCUGCUCCGGCCUGGCCUGGACCGGACUGGUCCUGUGGGCCGUGCCGGACCUCCUCCUCCUGCCGUCCGGCGAAGCGCGGCCGGGGAACUCCACGGCCUGCAUGGACCACAUGCGGGGCCCGCCGGAGCUGGUCCAGGCCGUCACCGUGGCCAGGACGGUGCUGGGUUUCGGGGUGCCCUUCGCCCUCAUGCUGGUGUUCUACGCCCUGACGGUUCGCGCCCUGCGCUCCCUCCCCCGCGGCGGGAAGAGGCAGAGGGCGUCCCGGCCGCUGGCGCUCAUCUCGGCCGCCCUGGCCGUGUUCGUGGUGUCGUUCGUGCCGUACCACGCCGCCGUGCUGACGGUGGUGGCCAUGCAGGACCGAGGGUCUCUGACGUCGACCAACAUGGACUCCCUGUACGCCGCCUACGAGCUCUUCGAGGCCCUCUGCAGCGUCAGCAGCGCCCUGGACCCGCUGCUCUACGUCCUGGCCAGCGAGCGCUUUCCCAGGGGCUGCCGCUCCCUCCGCAGGGGCCCCGGGCCCCGCGCGCCCGCCCUCUGCUGCCUCAGGAGCCGCCGCGUGGGCCCGCGGGGCGACGCUGCCCCCUAGUGGCGGAUGACCUGGAGACGGGUCGGUUACACUGAAGGUGACUGCAGGAUCAGCGCACACGCUCUGUGAGCACUUUAUUAACUGUGCUCAGUUGUUGUUCAGGCCGGCGGCACGGAUGGUGCAGUGGGUAGCACUGCCGCCUCACAGCAAGGAGGUCCUGGGUUCGAAUCCCCGUCGGCCGGGGCCUCUCUGUGCGGAGUUUGCAUGUUCUCCCCGUGUCUGCGUGGGUUUCCUCCGGGUACUCCGGUUUCCUCCCACAGUCCAAAGACAUGCACGUUAGGCUGAUUGGAGAGUCUAAAUUGCCCGUAGGUAUGAGUGUGAGUGAAUGGUGUGUGUGCCCUGCGAUAGACUGGCGACCUGUCCAGGGUGUAUUCCUGCCUUUCGCCCAAUGUAUGCUGGGAUAGGCUCCAGCCCCCCUGCGACCCUGAUCAGGAUAAGCGGGUUCAGAUAAUGGAUGGAUGGAUGGAUGGAUGUUGUUCAGACCGAAUGUCAGAAUGAGGAGGAAAUGUUAUUUAAAAUUCUUUGAAAUUGGAGUGAUUCUUGGUGCCGGACAGGGUGGUUUGUGUAUCUCAGAAACUGCUGAUCUCCUGGGAUUUUCCACGGAAAUGUUGUGAUAAUAAGGAGAAGGGCAAAUAAGCACGCAUUACAACAGUGGUAUGCAGAAGAGCAUCUCUGAGCAGACAUGUUGACAUGUGAAGUGGAUGGAAUGCAUUACAUUAAAUUACAUUACAUUAAUGGCA